CCGGGCCUCACCCUACAAAAGUUCAAGGCUCUGGCAUCCCAACAGCACUUCCUGUCCCUCUUCCCUGGUGCCCACAAGGUAUUUCCCCAACUUAAACAUGAUCAAGGAGGAGCAUGAUCUUCCUGUGAUGGGGGCAUCCCAAGGCCCAGCUCCCACGGCCACCACCGUGAUCAACAUCCAGACUGAGACGUCCGUGCCCGACCACAUCACCUGGUCCCUGUUCAACACAGUCUACAUGAACUGGUGCUGCCUGGGCUUCGUGGCCUUUGCCUACUCCGUGAAGUCUAGGGACCGGAAGAUGGUGGGUGACCUGAUCGGGGCCCAGACCUAUGCCUCCACCGCCAAGUGCCUGAACAUCUGGGCCCUGGUCCUGGGCAUCCUUCUGACCAUUAUAUUCAUCAUUCUUUUCUUCACUGGAGCACUGGUGUUUUCAGUAAACAUAAUGCAUACUAUGAGGCAACAGAGAGGUUACCACUAGCUGCUCAUGGCAGGAGACACCAGUCCUCCAGCAUCGAUUGUGGCUGUGCUUCCCAUGCUUCCUGGGCUGUUGUGUUGGGCCCGUCCCUCAGCACCCACCCCUGUACCCUGUGCUUGAGCAGACUUCCCUGACCACAACUGAACGCAAUAAAGUACCCUUGUGUGUGA